AACACAAUACCUACAUUUUGUGUUAAAUGUUGAAUAAUACAAAAUAACAAUUAAUUUACUCUUUUACCUACAAGUUGUACCUCAACUAAUUCCCUGAUAACUCGUUGCAAUGGAGGCAACCACCUCGUCAUCGUGUGGCGUCAUUCCCGAAGACAAGUUGAAAAUUUGGAAAAUAUUUCGCAACAUGGGUUCCAACGUAAAGGAAAUUUUGAAGACGGCAAAGUUGGCACAUAUUGUGAGCGACAAGGAAGGAUUCGUCGUCACCAUGACCGACGAAACUUAUUCCUUCUUACAAGAUGGCGACAGUGGGUGCAAAAUUUCCAAAAUUCCGGAACUUUCCGGUAUCCGGGUUAAAGAAUUUUUCAUUGGAGAAAUCAACUUUGCACUAAUCGAAGACGGGCGCCUCUUCUCCUGGACGAGUGAGCUUCCUCGACAUGACGCUUAUCCCGGCUCCGAGCAGGAUAUUCUAAAUCAAUUAGGCCGUUACGUUUCUUAUCGUGUGGUAGACCAAAUAUCCUUCUCUUGUCGCCCAGCAGAAGUGACGGGUAGUUUGACGGGGGUCAAGGUACGUCAAGUCGCGUUGCCAGGAUGGAAAGCGACGUUCACCGUGGCGUUAAGCGUGGGACGUCAUCUCUGUAGCGUGCAGUGACCACGUGGGUGUCGCUUUAACUUCAAAAGGCGAGUUAUUUCAAUGGACGUUGGGGGACAGUAACGCACGAAAAGUCUUGGAUGCGGGGUGCGUACCAUUUAAAAAGAUAACCGGAACUUUCGAUUUUAUUUUUGCACUCACUGUUAAAGGAGAGAUGCACUAUUUGGAUGAAAAUACUCCCCUGUGGAGAUCCGGACUCCAUAAGACGCCUGCAUGGAAGACGGUCUUCGAUGAUCACAAAAUUGAAGAUAUCGCAUCCUUCACUAGGACUGAAAACCUUGUCGUCAUCAAGUUAAAAAAUGACACAUGCUUUGCGUUUUUUUACCGGGAAUUUACAUAGAUAUUUACAUAUCUCCGUCACAGAAACUUGCCGACGUUGCAUUUUCCGUGGAGGGAAAAGUCAUCACAGCGCACAGAUGCAUUCUUGCCGAAAGAAGUGAAUAUUUCGAAUGUAUGUUUAGUAACGAGUGGAAGGAGGCUAAGGGAGGAUCGGCGAUUGAGGUCAAGGACACGAAGUAUGAAAUCUUUGAAGCACUGCUCUUCAACAUUUACAGCGACAAGAUCAAAUUCAAGGAGAGCGAGUAUGAAAAUAUUUUUGAUCUAAUGAAAUUGGCUGACUCUUAUUGUCAAGUGGAUAUCCGUCAUGAAUGCGAGGAAAUUCUGAUCAGCAAUAUCAACACGGAAAAUGCCUUCUUUUUGGCGAAAAAUGCUUCCACCGCGAAUGUUUCGAGUUUGGAGGAGAAAGUGAUCAAAUUUAUAGUGGACAAUCAACUCCUCGUGGACCAUUCGUCGCCUGAAGAGACGAUAGACUUGGUGGGGAUGGACGCCUUCCAAAAAAUCUCGGUCGCCUUACUUUAUCAAUAAUUUGCAAUUUUGAUAGAAUAAUAAAAUGGGAACAAAAUAAUUUAGUUACCGAUUGUAAUUAAUUUAUGAAAAUA